CAUAUCUUCCCAUGAAAACCUAACAAAAAGUCCACAGACAAAGAGGGAAAACAAGAGAUGGAGCUUAUUAAAUUUCCUUUAGGCUGGCUGAGUGCUUUACUUGAUGAAGCCGGGGUGGAGGGGGCGGGAGGUCGUCCUGGCUGCAUCUGAGCCAGAGAAGCAGGCUGGGGAGAAAUGGGGGAGGCUGCCGUGUGGACCAGAGACGGUUGUCCCGUGAACGAGCACGGGCUGCAGCGGAACUGCAGAAGGGGACGCAGAUGGGACGGAGGAUUCUGAGAACUGCCAUCUUCUUCCAUUAGGAGAGAGAGAAAACUUCCACUGAAAGGUGAGCAAACUGGUUCAAGGGCUGACAGUGAAGAGGGAGACCUCCAGGAGCCCAGGUCGCUGUCCUGAGGUCCAGGAGCCAUGGAGCCCGGCCUCGGUGACCCACAGCUCGUGCCCAGGGCAACGAAGGAAGCCGUGGCCCCCGACGCCUCCUGCGGCCGCGCGGCCCUCCCGGCCCUGGCGGCCGCCAGCCUCGCCGUGGUCACCGUGGGAGUCCUCGUGGCCUCCCUCUCUACACAGGGCAUCGACGUGGAGCACACGGCCGAGCUUCAAGGCAUCCGGUUUGCCCGCGGCCUGCAGCGGGAGACCUCGCAUCUGUACCGCACGCUGACGCCCGCUCUGGAGACACUGUUUGUGAGCAGCUUUCAGAAGACAGAGUUGGAGGCCAGCUGUGUGGGCUGCACGGUGCUGAGUUACAGGGAUGGGAACAGCAGCGUCCUGGUGCACUUCCGGCUGCACUUCCUGCUGCGGGGCCUCCAGUCACUGAGCCUGGGCCUGGAGCAGGAGCUGCUGCAGUGGGGCCUCCGAGCCAGGCUGCAGGAGCACGGCCUCCCCAUGGCAGCCUAUGGCACCAUCGUGGCCGCCGAGCUCACAGGAAGCCAGAAGGGGCCGUUGGCAGAAAGAGGCUUCAAAUCAGACUGUGGCUUGCAGCCCGGCUGGAGGACGGCAGGCCGGAUCGUGGGCGGCAUGGACGCGGCCCCGGGGGAGUUCCCAUGGCAAGUCAGCCUCCGAGAGAACAACGAACACUUCUGUGGGGCCGCCAUCAUCGGGGCCGCGUGGCUGGUGUCCGCCGCGCACUGUUUCAACCAGUUCCAAGACCCCACCGAGUGGGUGGCCUAUGCCGGCACGACCCUCCUCAGUGGCUCGGAGGCCAGCACCGUGCGGGCCCGCGUGGCCCGGGUCAUCGCGCACCCCUUCUACAACCCCGACACGGCCGACUUUGACGUGGCGGUGGUCCAGCUGGGCAGCCCCCUGCCCUUCGGCAGGAGCGUCCAGCCCGUGUGCCUCCCGGCCACCACGCACGUCUUCCCGCCCCGGAGGAGGUGCCUGAUCUCAGGCUGGGGCCACCUCAAGGAGGACUUCCUGGUCAAGCCAGAGGUGCUUCAGAAAGCCACCGUGGAGCUGCUGGACCAGGCCUUGUGCACCAGCCUGUACGGUCCCUCGCUCACCGACAGGAUGGUGUGUGCCGGCUACCUGGACGGGAAGGUGGAUUCCUGCCAGGGCGACUCAGGGGGCCCCCUGGUCUGCAAGGAGCCCUCCGGCAGGUUCUUUCUGGCCGGUAUUGUGAGCUGGGGAAUUGGUUGUGCAGAAGCCCGGCGUCCGGGGGUCUAUGCCCGGGUGACCAAGUUGCACGACUGGAUCCUGGAGACGAUCAGCGUGGCCAGCAAGCCUCUGGCCCCCACCAUGGCUCCUGCCCCUGCCACCCCCAGCACGGCCUGGCCCACCAGCCUCAAAAGCCGGGAGGUCAACACCCCCACCAAACCCGCACUGGCCCCCAGCACUGUACCUGUGGAUACAGUCACCGCCUCUAAGCCACAAGAGUGCGGGACCAGGCCAGCCAUGGAGAAGCCCACUCGCGUUGUGGGUGGGUUCGGGGCCGCCUCUGGGGAGGUGCCCUGGCAGGCCAGCCUGAAGGAGGGCUCCCAGCACUUCUGCGGGGCCACUGUGGUGGGGGACCGCUGGCUGCUGUCGGCCGCCCACUGCUUCAACCACACCAAGGUGGAGCUGGUGCGGGCCCAGGUGGGCACGGCGUCGCUCAUGGGCGCUGGCGGCAGCCCAGUGAAGCUGGGGCUCAAGCGGGCAGUGCUGCACCCCCAGUACAACCCCAGCACCCUGGACUUCGACGUGGCCAUGUUGGAGCUGGCCAGGCCCCUGGCCUUCAACAAGUACAUCCAGCCUGUCUGCCUGCCCCUGGCCAUCCAGAAGUUCCCCGUGGGCCGCAAGUGUGUCAUCUCCGGCUGGGGCAACACGCAGGAGGGAAACGCUACCAAGCCUGACAUCCUGCAGCGGGCCUGGGUGGGCAUUGUAGACCAGAAGGCGUGCAGCACGCUCUACAACUUCUCCCUCACGGACAGGAUGGUCUGCGCCGGCUUCCUGGAGGGCGGGGUCGACUCCUGCCAGGGUGACUCCGGGGGCCCCCUGGCCUGCGAGGAGAGCCCUGGCGUGUUCUAUCUGGCUGGGGUUGUGAGCUGGGGUGUCGGCUGUGCUCAGGCCUGGAAGCCUGGUGUCUAUGCACGGGUCACCAGGCUCAAGGGCUGGAUCCUGCACACCAUGGUCUCCCGCCCCCACCCCAUGCCCGCCGUCCCCACCACCGGGAUGCCCGCCCCCACCAGCCACGUCCCCAGGACCACAGCUGACCUCACAGCCCUGGGGGCCUCGGCGACCAGCCCACCUGCCAACAGGACGGCCACCACCCCGAGUGCCACCACUAGGGGGCAGACACACACCCCAAACGCCACAGAGACCACCAUGGGCUCCCAGCCAACAGACUGCGGCCUGGCCCCUGCAGCCACGCUGACUAGGAUCGUGGGCGGCAGUGCCGCGGGCCAUGGGGAGUGGCCUUGGCAGGUGAGCCUGUGGCUACGGCGCCGGGAGCACCGGUGCGGGGCCGUACUGGUGGCCGAGAGGUGGCUGCUGUCCGCGGCACACUGCUUUGACAUCUAUGGGGACCCCAAGCAAUGGGCAGCCUUCCUGGGCACCCCCUUCCUCAGCGGUGCCGACGGGCAGCUGGAGCGCGUGGCCCACAUCUACAAGCACCCCUUCUACAACCUCUACACGCUGGACUACGACGUCGCGCUGCUCGAGCUGGCGGGGCCAGUGCACCGGAGCCACCUGGUGCGGCCCAUCUGCCUGCCAGAGCCUGCGCCCCGGCCCCCGGACGGCGCGCGCUGUGUCAUCACCGGCUGGGGCUCGGUCCGCGAGGGAGGCUCCUCGGUGCGGCAGCUGCAGAAGGCGGCCGUGCGCCUGCUCAGCGAGCAGACAUGCCGCCGCUUCUACCCGGUGCAGAUCAGCAGCCGCAUGUUGUGCGCCGGUCUUCCUCAGGGCGGUGUGGACAGCUGCUCGGGUGACGCGGGCGGACCCCUGGCCUGCAGGGAGCCCUCCGGCCGCUGGGUGCUAACUGGCAUCACCAGCUGGGGCUACGGCUGCGGACGACCCCACUUCCCGGGUGUCUAUACCCGGGUGGCUGCCGUGAGAGGCUGGAUCGGGCAGAACAUCCAGGAGUGA